GUGAUAUUACCUCAUGAGAUCAAGAAGAAAUUCAAAAUUCCAUUCUGAUGAGAUUUCAAAAGACAAUAUUUUAAGUAUCAGUCGUAAACCUUCUCCUCAUAAAAUUUAUAUGAAUUCUUCUAAUGUGAAUCAAAUAUCUUAGGAUAACAGCUUCUAAAGAAAAGGAAGGAGUAUUCCGAAAGAUUGUCUUGGAUUAGCUAAUCCAUAUUAAUGUAAAAAUGUAAACAAUAAUUAGAGAAGCUGUUAUUCCCAAAUAGAGACACAUCAAAAAUGUCUAAUAGAAGUGGAAGGAUUAAUUGUGAAUCAGAGGUAUGUAAAAAUUAUUGAUAAUUAGUAAAGAGUCCUAAUUUGAUAAUUUAACAAAAUUCAGAGGAAAAUAUGGAAAUAGAGUGUUAAUCACCAAUAAAAUAAUUUAGCAGUUUAAAGAAUCCUUUCUUUAAUAAUUCAGGAAUUUAGUAAAAAUAACCUAUGAGAAGAGUUAUCAAAGAUGCUUCUCUUAUUAAUAGUUAAUUGAGAUAAAAGGAAUCAUAAGAUUUAUUGAAGUCUUCUGAGAAAUAAAGAGCAAAUAAAUUAAGAAAAGCAAAUUAUCAUUAAUAAUAAGAUGGGGAUUCUUAAUGUCAAGUUUAUGAAUUUAAUAGAGAAUUAAAAGCAUUAAGAGUAAAAAGAACUGAGUCAUUCGAAUGGUUAUAAGAAAAUUCUCAGGUUUCUGAUGAAUCUUAAUUUAAUCAGUUUAACUAGAUUAAUUUAGGAAUAUAUUAUAUGGAUAAUCUAAGGAAUUAUUUAAAAGGAUUAAAUUUAGAAGGAUUAUAUGCUUAAAUGUAUAUAAAUCAUUUUGUUCAACAAUUUCAUAGUCUGCAAUUAAGUAAAUAGAUUUAGUAUCCAGACUAAAAUAAAUUAGAAACAAAAAUGCUUCAAUUGUAAAAAUUAAGUAAAGAAAAUAUUCUAUUUUAGAAAAUUAAAAAACUCUUGUUUUAGAUUUAGAUGAAACUUUAAUGCAUUGUAAUGAAUAGUAAUAAAUGAAAUUUGAUUUUAAAAUACCUAUUUAGAUGCCAAAUGGAUAAAUUCAUGAAGUAUGUUUAUGUAUAUUAAUUAGGCAGGAAUAAGUGUUAGACCAUAUGCAUAAUAGUUUUUGUAAGAAUGUUCAAAGCAUUUUGAAAUUAUUAUUUUUACGGCUUCUCAUUAAUUAUAUGCCGAUAAAAUAAUUGAUAAACUUGAUCCAUCUCGUAAAUGGGUAUCUCACCGAUUAUAUAGAGAAAAUUGCAUAUUAACUCAAUAAGGUAUCUAUGUUAAAGAUUUACGGGUAAUAAAUAGGGAUUUAAAAGAAAUUGUUUUGAUUGAUAAUGCUGCUUAUUCUUAUGCCUUUUAAAUUGAAAAUGGUAUACCAAUAAUACCGUAUAUUGAUAAUGCAAAAGAUAUUGUAAAAAUAGCAUAUAUUUAAGGAAUUAUUAGGAGUAAUAGAUUAUUUAAAAAUAUUGUUGUAAAUAAAUGAUGUAAGAGAGUUAAAUGUAAAAACUUUUCUCUUAAAUAAAAUUUCAUAAUGUGCAAGUUUAGAUGAAGCAAUAAAACUCCUAUUAGUAGCAUGAUAAAAUUUUGAUUUUGAUUUUUGUGUAUUUAAUAGAUAAUCUAAAUAUUUAAAAAAAAUAUUCGAUUUAAGAAUUUACAAAAUUGAGUNUAUUAAUAGUUAAUUGAGAUAAAAGGAAUCAUAAGAUUUAUUGAAGUCUUCUGAGAAAUAAAGAGCAAAUAAAUUAAGAAAAGCAAAUUAUCAUUAAUAAUAAGAUGGGGAUUCUUAAUGUCAAGUUUAUGAAUUUAAUAGAGAAUUAAAAGCAUUAAGAGUAAAAAGAACUGAGUCAUUCGAAUGGUUAUAAGAAAAUUCUCAGGUUUCUGAUGAAUCUUAAUUUAAUCAGUUUAACUAGAUUAAUUUAGGAAUAUAUUAUAUGGAUAAUCUAAGGAAUUAUUUAAAAGGAUUAAAUUUAGAAGGAUUAUAUGCUUAAAUGUAUAUAAAUCAUUUUGUUCAACAAUUUCAUAGUCUGCAAUUAAGUAAAUAGAUUUAGUAUCCAGACUAAAAUAAAUUAGAAACAAAAAUGCUUCAAUUGUAAAAAUUAAGUAAAGAAAAUAUUCUAUUUUAGAAAAUUAAAAAACUCUUGUUUUAGAUUUAGAUGAAACUUUAAUGCAUUGUAAUGAAUAGUAAUAAAUGAAAUUUGAUUUUAAAAUACCUAUUUAGAUGCCAAAUGGAUAAAUUCAUGAAGUAUGUUUAUGUAUAUUAAUUAGGCAGGAAUAAGUGUUAGACCAUAUGCAUAAUAGUUUUUGUAAGAAUGUUCAAAGCAUUUUGAAAUUAUUAUUUUUACGGCUUCUCAUUAAUUAUAUGCCGAUAAAAUAAUUGAUAAACUUGAUCCAUCUCGUAAAUGGGUAUCUCACCGAUUAUAUAGAGAAAAUUGCAUAUUAACUCAAUAAGGUAUCUAUGUUAAAGAUUUACGGGUAAUAAAUAGGGAUUUAAAAGAAAUUGUUUUGAUUGAUAAUGCUGCUUAUUCUUAUGCCUUUUAAAUUGAAAAUGGUAUACCAAUAAUACCGUAUAUUGAUAAUGCAAAAGAUAUUGUAAAAAUAGCAUAUAUUUAAGGAAUUAUUAGGAGUAAUAGAUUAUUUAAAAAUAUUGUUGUAAAUAAAUGA